AUGAAAAUAACUUAUAAACUUAUAGCACAGUAUUUAUUCUUUUGUUUAAUCAUAACAUUAACGAAAUCACAACAGUAUUUUAACUACACGGAGAGUACAUUAGAAACACAAGACACACCACCACUUGUAGCUGACAUUAAAACUUAUAAUGACGGAACAAUUCUCGUUCAUGUUAUACGAAAUGAUUCAACACAAUCAAACAUCGAUUGUUUAAAAUUUCGUGGGAUGAGUUUGGAACAGAAAUUACGUAUAAGAAUUAUUCAUUUAAAUGGAACAGUUAAAGAGAUUAAUCCCGAUUUAAAAUUAGAUCCUGUGAAUUAUUGUUUAUUCAAUAAUACAGAAUAUAAAAUUAACAAACUUAAUAAUAUAUUGAUAUAUUUAAAAGAUACUAAAAAGAACAACACAAGUAUAUUGCAUAAUAUUAUAAAUCCUAUUUCGAUAUAUCCUUUACAAAAACAGUUCAUUCUAGUAACUUAUGUAAACACUACAAAUUCUUCUAAUCUUACAACUUAUGAAGAGUGGGCGAAUGUUAUCGAUUGGAAUGGAAAUAGUCAAAGUGAUGAUUCUGGAAAUUUGUAUAACUCUAGUUAUAUCAUUUAUUUCUCUUCUUAUUAUUAUUCUCUGGUCACGAUAAUUUCCACUGUUGAUAAUGGCUAUAUAGCGGUUUCAAACAAUACACAAUAUAACAGCGACUUGUUACUUCCACUUGGCGGGCUUUACACAUCAUUUAUACCCUACAAUCAGUACAAUACUUAUAAUUAUAAUUCAGAAAGACAGAUUUAUAUAACACAAACUAAUAUGACAAUUAAUUCAGUUUCUUGUGAUAAUUCAUGUUAUGGAUUUAUUCUUUGUAUAGUCACUGUCAUUAGCAGCAACAAUAUACUGCACUAUCUAAAAAUGUUUCUCGAUUCAGUAGGUGCAGUACUAACAAUGGAUAUAAUUUACGAACACCCUAAUUCACCGGGACCUUUUCUUACAAAUUAUUUUGGUGUAAAUGCUAUUAUGAAUAAUAAUACACUUCUACUCGCUUCUCCAUAUACAAAUAAUAAUACUUCUUGGUCUUUGCUCACUAUUCCGUUACCUUUACCUGAUCAUAUUAGGGAUUCUGGCUAUGAUAAUCCACUUAUAAACAUAACAAUUCCACCAAUCAAUGCUGUUGUCAAUUCAUCAACGACCACCUUAAACAUCACUUUCACUGAGUCGGUUAUGUUGUCAACCGGCAACAUCACUAUCUACAAAGCCUCUGAUAACAGCAUUAGACAAAGAAUUUCUGCAAAAAUGCAUGAGUUCUGUAAAAUCAGUGGUGUUUGGAGUGAUAUUGUUAGCAUAACGGUCAUUAAAAGCACAUUCAACGAGUAUGGCGAACAAUAUUUUGUGACGAUGGAUAAUAAUUUUGUCACGAGUUUUGAUAACCUUCUAAAAGGAAUUCAUGAUGGUAUUUGGAUUCUUAAAUCAG